UCACGAGUUGUACAUCUACGCAGUUUACCUGUGGAUUCCAUAGAAACGGAAAUAGUACAAUUAGGAAUGCCUUUUGGUAAAAUGACCAAUGUCCUACUGCUCAAACAGAAAAGCCAGGCAUUUUUAGAAUUCAGUGAUGAACAGUCAGCCAGUAAUAUGGUGUCCUAUUACCAAAAUUGCACAGCCCAUAUUCGAGCAAAACCUUGUUACGUCCAAUUUUCUAAUCAUAAAGAACUGAAAACAGAUGCUUCACAUGCACUACAGAACGCCACAGCACAAGCAGCCCUACAAGCAGCUCAAGUAGGAGUCAUGGGUAGUCCAGGUUCAUCCAGUACUGAUGAUCAAACCACUAUUUUACGUGUUAUAGUUGAUAAUGUCCUGUACCCUGUUACUUUAGAUGUCUUGUAUCAGUUGUUUCAACGUUUUGGUAAAGUUCUGAAAAUCAUCACAUUUACUAAAAAUAAUACAUUCCAAGCUUUGAUACAGUUUUCAGAUUCUAUCUCAGCUAAUACUGCUAAAGUUACUUUAGAUGGUCAAAAUAUAUAUAAUGGAUGUAAUACAUUAAAAAUAGAUUACUCUAAAUUAACUAAUCUCAAUGUUAAAUAUAACAAUGAUAAAAGUCGAGAUUUUACACGGCCUGAUUUACCAAGUGGUGAACAUGGUUUUGAUCAACCGUUUCAUCUGAGUGGAACCCCGAUGCCAUUGCCAGGAUAUGGUGCCUCUCUUGGUGGAAGUUUUGGAGUUCCAUCCUCAGCAGCUCUGAACGUAGCACGAUUAGGUUUACCAUUAACAGCUCAAGUUGGAAGUAGUGUCAUAUUGGUAUCAAAUCUGGAUGAACAGAUGGUCACGCCCGACGCUCUUUUUACCCUCUUUGGCGUGUAUGGUGACGUGCACCGCGUAAAAAUAUUGUUCAACAAGAAAGACAAUGCCUUGAUUCAGAUGGCUGAUCCUCAUCAAGCACAACUUGCUAUCACAUACCUUGAUAAAGUGAAAGUUUGGGGUAAACCAAUUAGAGUUGCACAAUCAAAACAUUCAUUGGUACAGAUGCCUAAAGAAGGUCAACCGGAUGCUGGUUUAACAAAAGAUUUUACCACAUCACCAUUACAUAGAUUUAAAAGACCUGGUUCCAAAAAUUGUCAGAAUAUAUUUCCUCCUUCAAGUGUUCUCCAUUUAUCUAACAUUCCACCAAAUGUUUCUGAAGAAGAAAUUACUGAAUUGUUUGCUAAACAGGGAACUGUCAAAGCCUUCAAAUUUUUCCCGAAAGAUAGAAAAAUGGCUCUGAUACAGAUGUCAACCUUAGAUGAGGCUGUUAAUGCAUUAAUUGCUGCACAUAAUUAUCAAUUGGGUGAAAAUAGUCAUCUGAGAGUUUCAUUCUCCAAAUCGACUAUUUAAUAGUACAACAAAACAACAGCAAACAAACCAUGGUUUAGACAUUUAACAUGACUUGGCUGCCAACAUCAACACAACUACAACAAUUAUUAUUAUUAUUAUUAUUCUUUAUUUUAUAAUCCGCUAUAGAAAAUCUUACUUUCAAUUUGACUGCUGUCACAGGUCCAAGUGCCUUUCUUACAAAUUGUUGAAAAGCAGCUUAUAAUCUUGCCGCCAAUAAAAAAAACAGAAGAGAAAUUUUGUUAAAUUAAAUGGAAAUUUAUAUUAUUUUGAUGGAAUUGAAUAAAAUUUGAUGGUGUUCACGGGUGUCAGCCUUGAUUUAUGAUUAAGAGAAGUAACCUUUAUUGUAUUUUUGUUUAUGUUAAUUAUACAGAAAAU